UUGUUUGGGAGUCAAAGCUGGGGUCUUGCUGUAGUGGUGGUGAGGAGAGUGCUGUGUUUGGGACGUUGAUUCAAACCAUUGAUGUUGACUAUGACUCUUGGCGUGACCGUCAGGGUGCUUUGGAUAUGCCUUUUCCUAAGUGAAAUAUGCUGUCAGCACCGUCAACAAGGGCUGGAAGGUCAUCGCCAGAGAUUUGGGAAUUUUUACUACCUUACUAGGCCUGCCGGUAGUGACUCUGUACCGUCCAUGAAUGACGUCAGCUCAACCAAAGGUGAAGGUGUCCCAAAUUAUAAUGAACCUGCUAAGGAAAACCCAUUUUUUAGUAAAGCAGAGGUUCCUCAUGCCCCAACAAGCCAGAGGCUGAUGCCAUCAAGCCAGGUAUGGAUGCCCUCUACCCAGGUGAGCCAAGAUGGCAUGUCUAAAAUCCAGGCAAACCCAGUGUGGACUCGCCAUACCCCUACUCAGGAGAGCCAGGGUCAGCAGUCUGUAAGCCAGGCAGCCAAGAUGGCACAGGCCCAAAUGCCCCCAGCCCCAGUGAGCCAGGCAGCCCAGAUGCCCAAGGUGCACGCCCAUGUGCCCCCAAUAUGGGCCAAGAUGCCCCCAGCCCCAGUGAGCCAGGCAGCCCAGAUGCCCAAGGUGCAGGCCCAUGUGCCCCCAAUAUGGGCCAAGAUGCCCCCAGCCCCAGUGAACCAGAUGCCCAAGGUGCAUGCCCAGAUGCCGCUUCCUCAAAUGACUGCAUCAAACCCUAUUAAGGGUAGUCUUGGCAGCUCCUCCAUGGAUGUCGGUGGAGAAACCACUCAUGGUGAUGCUGAGGGUCCCUCAUCAGGGCAAGAGCGCUUCCUUGUGAUCACAGAGCCAUCAGGUUUUCAAACGCGCUACGUGGUUAAAUCCUUCAAUCGUUACGUGCUUGGAAAAAUGGUCUUUUCCCAAACCACCUACAUCCCACUGGACUUCCUUCCAACUGAUGCUGCUGAUCCGGUUGCUUAUGACCCCAGUUUUCCUGGACAUGAAGCCCAGGCUGACCAAACUGUGGAUGUCAAAGAGUGACUUUGAGAGCGCUUUGUCGUGAAGUCCUGGGCUCAAACCUUGAUGGAUAUCUACGCUUGACUUUAUAUUGUAGAUGAAACAAUAAAGGCUUUUCUCUAA